AUGGUGAAAGAAGAAAGUGAGGAUGAGAUGAGGAUAGAACCCCCGCGCUGGGUAUGGGGUCCGCCCUGCCGCCCCGCGACCACGCCCGGGAUGAGAAGAGUUGAGCGCGAUCGCGGGGCGCCGGGGCGGUCCCAGCGCCCGAGUGUGUGUCCGGUGCCGUGGUCGCAAGCUUGUGCUUUUCAGGCCGACCCCCCACCCCGCGGUCACUUCCACCAAGGUGGCCGCUGCCGCGGGACGGGAGGGCGGCCCGGCGACCACGCACCUGGAAGUUCGCGGAGAAAGAAAGAGAAAGAAGGAAGAAAAGAAAGAAGAGAGAAGAGAAGAGAAAUUCCGUUCUCUCCACAUCCAUCCCUCCCAAUAGAAAAGUGGGAGAGGAGGGAGGGAGGCCGGAAGGAGCGCAGAAGGCGCGUCCAACAAAUCUCCAAACCUCAUCGCCCGCAGGGUCGCAGCCCAGUCCAGGGAGUUCGUGUUCCACGUCCAGGGGCAGCACGCACCUCCGCCAUUCCCGCCAAAACCAAGGCACAGCCACCGAAACCUCGGUUCAGCGGGCCCGCGAGAGCGGGAAAGGGAAGCAGUACUCGCAACAUAGGAGCGGCCCACCCCAAAAAGCCACAUCCAGGAGCAAUACGCACCUCCGCUAUUCCCGCCGUACAGCACAGCCACCGGGGAACCUCGCAUCAGCGGGCCCAGCGGGCUCGCGAAGGCAGGAGGCAGGGCAGCGGUGCACGCAGCCAAGGAGCGGCCCAGGAAGUCCCCGGUCCGGACUGCGGUCGAGGGGGUCAAGGAGGUUUGGGGUUGGAGCGUCGCUCUUUGUACACCGAUGUUCAGAUGAGGGUGAGGUUAGUUGGUUUCAGGGGGGGAAUGAUUGUCGGUGACGAAGUGUCAGACGGAGUGCCCCGUGGUGUUAUUGCUGUAGUUGUUUUUGUUGUUGCUGUUGUUGUUGUUGUUGUAGUAUUCCCCUACGGUCGGUCCGCCCGAUUCCCUUGGGGUCCUGUUGCCUUGUUUUCUUAUUGCUUCCGCCAGACUGACGGCCGCCAGGGCGAGUUUACGGUGGGCUUUGAUGUCCUUGAUAAUGUUGCGAUGCUGCAGUUCGAUGGUGUACUGCAGGUGGUGAAGGCGGAGGAGAGGGAGGGAGGGGACGGCAACGGCGACGAAGAAGACCUCGGCGACCGCGGCUGCGACUGCGACUGCGGCGGCGACGGCGACGGCGACGGCGAAGCACGGGGCAGGGCGGAGCGGCCGACGGAGAAGGGAAGCGAGGAGAGGAGACGCGGGGAUCGUCGAGCUGCGUAG